GGAGCUAGUCGGAAGGUCGGAGUGUGUGGUGAUGGGAGCGAGGUGACGGGCCAAGAAGACGCAGGAGGAGGCUUUGUACACACUGCAAAGGGACGGCCUGAGUGUUGGGGACACCGCCGCCUGCGGGGUGCAUCGGUACAAAGUCCGACAGGACCCCUCGACUGUCGCGACUCCUCUCCUCCCAGGAGCUCCGAUGGCGGCGGCUGCGCUGACGGACCCGGCUCAGGGCAGUGUGACCUUUGAGGAUGUGGCCGUGUACUUCUCCUGCGAGGAAUGGUGUCUUCUUGAUGAGGUUCAGAUACACCUGUACCUUGAUGUCAUGCUGGAGAACUUUGCCCUUGUCUGCAUGCUGGGUUCUUGGCGUGGAGUCGAUGAAGAGACACCUUCUGAAGAGAACAUAUGUGUGGAGGGAGUAUCACAGAUUAGGACCCCCAGGGCAGGUUCAUCUCCUGAGAAGGCCCAGCCCUGUAAGAUGUGCGUCCCAGUCUUGAGAGACAUUUUGCACUUGGCUGAAGAGCAGGGAACAAAUAGGGGCCAGAAAGCAUAUACAUGUGGGGCAUGUGGGAAACAGUUCUAUUUCACUGCAAACCUUCAACAGCACCGGAAGCAGCACAUUAGAGAGAAACCCUUCCGAUAUGAUGUGAGGAGACUUGCAUUUCUGAAGAGCUUCACAGUCUAUGCAUCAGGGAAUCUCUCUGUGUACAGUGAAAUUGGGAAGAAAUUAGCAACCAACAUGGGACUUCAGCAACAGGCCACUAAUAUCAGGAAGGAACAAAACAACAGUCAUGAAUGUGAAGCUGUUUUUCACAGUGGAACAAUUCAUCGGAGCUGGGGAGAAGGCAGGAAAUCCUCCAGCCACACAGAUAUGUAUGAGAGAGUCAUCACUAGUGAAGCGUUUUGUGAGUGCAGCAAAUGUGGGAAAGCCUGCACCCAAAGUUGUAAUCUUAUGCAGCACCAGAGAGUUCACACUGGAGAAAAGCCUUAUGAGUGCAGCGAAUGUGGGAAAUCCUUUAGUCGAAGCCACCACCUCAGUGUGCAUAGGAAGAUCCACACCGGAGAGAAGCCUUAUGCAUGCAAGAAAUGUGCUAAAUCUUUUCUCCAAAGGUCCAGCUUCAUUCAACAUCUGAGAGUUCACACAGGAGAAAAGCAUUAUGAAUGCAGUGAAUGUGGAAAAUCUUUUAGCAAAAAGUCCAAUUUCCUUCAACAUAAGAGAGUUCAUACUGGAGAAAGGCCUUAUGAGUGCAGUGAAUGUGGGAAAUCCUUUAUCCAUAGAUGUCAACUUUUUAUACACCAGAGAGUUCACACAGGAGAAAGGCCUUAUGAGUGCAGUGAAUGUGGGAAAUCCUUAUUCAUAGAUGUCAACUUCUUAUACACCAGAGAGUUCAUUAUACACCAGAGAGUUCACACAGGAGAAAGGCCUUAUGAGUGCAGUGAAUGUGGGAAAUCCUUUAUUCAUAGAUGUCAACUUCUUAUACACCAGAGAGUUCACACAGGAGAAAGGCCUUAUGAGUGCAGUGAAUGUGGGAAAUCCUUUAUUCAUAGAUGUCAACUUCUUAUACACCAGAGAGUUCACACUGGAGAAAGGCCUUAUGAGUGCAAUGAAUGCGGGAAAUCUUUUACAGCUAGGUCUGCCCUCCAAAAUCAUCAGAGAGUUCACACAGGAGAAAGGCCUUAUGAGUGCAGUGAAUGUGGAAAAUCCUUUAUUCAUAGAUGUCACCUUCUUAUACACCAGAGAGUUCACACAGGAGAAAGGCCUUAUGAGUGCAGUGAAUGUGGGAAAUCCUUUAUUCAUAGAUGUCAACUUCUUAUACACCAGAGAGUUCACACAGGAGAAAGGCCUUAUGAGUGUAAUCAAUGUGGGAAAUCUUUUACAGCUAGGUCUGGCCUCCAAAAUCAUCAGAGAAUUCAUACUGGAGAAAGGCCUUAUGAGUGUAGCCAAUGUGGGAAAUCCUUUAUCCAUAGAUGUCAACUUCUUAUACACCAGAGAGUUCACACAGGAGAAAGGCCUUAUGUGUGCAGUGAAUGUGGGAAAUCUUUUAUUCAUAGAUGUCAACUUCUUAUACACCAGAGAGUUCACACAGGAGAAAGGCCUUAUGUGUGCAGUGAAUGUGGGAAGUCCUUUAUUCAUAGAUGUCAACUUCUUAUACACCAGAGAGUUCACACAGGGGAAAGGCCUUAUGAGUGCAGCCAAUGUGGGAAAUCGUUUACUGCUAGGUCUGGCCUCCGAAAUCAUCAGAGAGUUCAUACUGGAGAAAGACCUUAUGAGUGCAGUGAAUGUGGGAAAUUGUUUAUUGUUAUUUCUGGCCUUAUUAAACAUCAGAGAGUUCACACAGGAGAAAGGCCUUAUGAGUGUAAUGAAUGUGGGAAAUCUUUCACUGCGAGAGCUGGCCUCCAAAAUCAUCAGAGAAUUCACACGGGAGAAAGGCCUUAUGAGUGUAAGGAAUGUGGGAAAUCUUUUACUGCGAGAUCUGGCCUCCAAAAUCAUCAGAGAGUUCACACAGGAGAAAGGCCUUAUGAGUGUAUGGAAUGUAGGAAAUCUUUUACUUCUAGGUCUGGCCUCCGAAAUCAUCAGAGUGUUCAUACUGGAGAAAGGCCUUAUGAGUGCAGUGAAUGUGGAAAAUCUUUUAGCCAAAGACAAAUCCUCAGUACCCAUAGGAAAAUCCAUACUGGAGAAAGGCCUCAUGAGUGCAAAGAAUGUGGUAAAUCUUUUAUCCAAAAGUGCAGCUUAAUUCAUCAUCAGAGAGUUCACCGUGGAGAAAACGCCCUAUGAAUGCAGCCGAUAUGGACGCCACUGGGGUUUGGAGGAGUUUGACAUGGUAACAGAAUGGGAGGAACAGGUGCAGUCAUCAUGCAACAGAUGGACCAUUUCUAGAGCGGAAACUCAGGGUGAGAGAAAGGGUGUCAUCUGCUGUGAACUCCCAGCAAUGGACAGGGAUUUAGGAUACAGUGCUAGGUUGACUGGUUCAGGCCAUGAGGAGUCUGGUCACAGCACUCCUCUUUCACUCCCUACCCUGCUUUGGGGACUCAAAGAACACUUUGUCCAUUCGGACACCCUCUUGUCACCCCCACACAGACACAAAGAGGCCUGCUUAGGACACCCCCUCCUCCCCACAUGUGACUUGACAGGACUGUCGUUUCACUGGGAACAAAUAUUGAUGGCUUUCCUAUGAAUGAUCCGACUUAUGUACCCGAUAAUGAUCUGGUCCUGCUAAUAACUCCAUGCCACAGGUUUUCAGUGGAUGUGGGGCAGCCAAAUUUGAGGAACAGACUCUACCUUGGGAUGUGGAUGUGACCCAAUCCCAGGACAGAGAAGACUAAUCAAUAUAGAACACCACAUUAACAGAAGGAAGGAUGAAAAAUAACAUGAUCAUCUCAGUAGACAGAGAAGAAGCAUUUGACAAAAUUCAGCAUCCAUUCAUGAUGAAAACCCAUACAGGUGGGUAUAGAGGGAACAUAUCUCAAUAAAGGCCAUUUAUGACAAACCCACAGCAAACAUCAUACUGGUGGAAAGCUGAAAGGCUUUUUCCUAAAUUCAGGAAGAAGAGAAGGAUGCCCACUCCCAAAACUUCUAUCUCACAUAGUAUUGGAAGUCCUAGCCCCAGCAAUCAGACAAGCAAAAGCAUCCAAAUUGGAAGGUAAGAGGUAAAAGAGUAUUUUCAGAUAACAUGAUACUUUAUAUAGAAAACCCUAGUGUCCACCUCAAAACUUUUAGAACUAAUUAAAGAAUUCAGUAAAGCUAUAGGAUAUAGUACAAAUAUACAGACAUCUGUUGCAUUUCUAUACACUAAUAAUGAACUUUCAGAUAAAGUAAAAAAAUAAAAUUGCUUCAGAUCGCAUCAGAAAGAAUAAAAUACCUAGUAGCAAAUUAACUGAGGGCUUGAAAGACAUAUAUUCAAAAAACUAUAAAACACCGAUGAAGAUUGAAGAUAAAGAAAUGGAAAGAUAUCCUGUGCUCUUGCAUUGGAAGAAUUAAGAUUGUUACAAUGACAAUACUAUGCAAAGCAAUCGUGAAAUGGACAGAAGACAUAAUGGAGUUAGAAAAACUAUCUGAAGUGAUGCAAAUGAAGAACACACGUCUAUUGUCAUAUGUGUUCAGUGUCUCAAGAAAUAUAGCAGCAAUCUUGUGAGUAAGGCAUAUUCUAGUAAAUGGGAUAUAUUCAUGUCCAAGACAUAAAAAUGAGUCAGUCCUUAUGGAAGCAAUAUUGUAGUUGAUGGAAACUGCACCUAGGUAAUUAGAUUUCAUGGAAUAUUAGAAUGAGAUGUUCCUAUGAAAAGGGAGCAAAAGAGCAAGUUACAGUUGAGGAAAAAUGGGGGCUUGGGAUGGGUUGAAAGAGUAGAGUAUCCAGAGUAGGACUUUAGUGAAGGUGGACAGUUGUGGAAAUACUGUGUUAAGGACAGCUUGCUUUCCUCUUUUCCAAUUGUUAUAUGUUCAUUUUCUUUACUGUAUUAGAGAGGACCUCUGGCAUAUUAGGGAAUACCAGUGUAAGGCAGUGAACUGCCAUCCUACUGAUCUCAAGCAUCCUAUUUAUGUCCUUUAUAUCUAGUCUUUUCAGUCCAGAACCAUAUAAAGUCGCACAAAUUACA